AGAUUUUUCUUAAGCUAGGGAUAGGAGAGGCAGCAACCCUCGAAGGAGAGUUGAGAAAAUAUGUGGCGCGGGGCUGUGAGUGUUGGAAAAGGUGUGGCAACUGUAUUUCUCAGGCAUUUCUCGCGGACAAGGGCACCAAAUCUUAGGAAGAUCAAUCCCAAGGUACCACCCCAAGAAGCUGCUACUAUUGCCGAAUCUCUUUACCAUGUUAUCCAGCAGCACGGUCCCCUCACCCUCCCCAAUACUUGGAACCUCGCCAAGGAAGCUAAUAUUAGUGGAUUAAACAGCAAAACACACAUGAAGCUAAUGCUCAAAUGGAUGAGGGGUCGAAAUAUGCUCAAGCAGUUCUGCCACCAUGUUGGUUCUAGCAAGAAAUUCAUGCUAUCUGCCCUACCUGAAGAAACACAGAUCAGCCAGGCAAACAACUCACUGGAAGUCAAGAUUAAGAUGAAGAAGCCUCCAAUCAAAGGCAAAAGACUCCCAUAACUAUGUUUUCCCUGCAAAUAUUGGGAGAAAGCCAAGGGUAAUAGAUGAUGCUUGAUAAGCUUUCACUGUGAAGAAAUUUGAAGCUUGUGGUUUCCUUCGAGUCUGACUUGAUGACGCACUACACUUUCUCUUGUAUCUUCUGGUUUUUUGUAACGAGACCUUACUCUAGGGACCAUCAACCAUGAGUUUGAUUAAUUUUUCUUAGUUGUGGGGCCGUGUGGUUUCCUAAUGGAUUCAAUGCAUUUAGCCUGGUAAAGUACAUCAUCACUAAUAAGUGCGUCAUUUUCACUAGUGACAAACUACAUGUCUGCAAGUCAUGGCUAGACGGGUUCUAGAUUUUUCUGAAAUAUUAGGUGAAGUGCUCAAUGAUAUAGUAUGAAUGAUCUGAGUAUUUUAUGGAGUAGAAGUUUAAUUUGGAUGAAUGCAACUUGAUUGACUACGUAAUUUGAUGUACUGUUAAUCAAAUCCAUGUAGCAGGUAAAAUCUUGUCUUUA